GGUCGCCUAAGGCCUUCACGUCACGGUCAUGCACUCAACUAACGAGAACAACUUCGACAACCGGUCGUUACAAUCCUCGUGACCGGUCUGAAUGAUUCAAUGACCGUUAUCACCACCUAUAACCUCCCGCACCUCAUGACAUUCGUUGAGGGAGCAUCAGCGUGCCCGACAUUUUUCGUUGAGCAGAGAGUCAAUUAUUGUGUCACAAUGACCUUUGCCUUGCAACAGUAUUUGCCUGUGACGCACCCCAGUGUGCCCAAGCUCGCACAUUCAUUAAGAAUAUCGUUUAUAUUUCUGUCGUUUGUCUUUGUAUUAGGGUACAUAUUUGUCUGUUUAGAUGAUCAUGUAUUGAUCAAGCGAGCAAAUUUUACAUUUGUUCAGCAUACAGUGCUCAGCUGGUUUGUGCUUGUACAAUCAAUACGAACAUCUGACAUUAUUCAGAAACACUGGAGACACGAUGCAUCCACCAUGCUCCUUUCACGCAAGCGCUUCCAACUCCCCAGGCACACCCUCCUGGUCACCUUCUCAAACCCAAAAACUACCUGUGUCCCAGGUAUCUCGCAUCACUCUGUGCCGUCGCCGUCGCCAAUUCUGGCACCACAACGCAGCCUAUCACCGACAGUGUGCCUCCAACUUUCGGCAUCCUUCCAUAGGAUCAUGACAACUUGGUUCUUCGUAGAUUCAUUGGUUUUACCACUUAGGUUUAGACACAUAUGUUCUCAAAUUGUAGCCACUAUCAAUCAGCCAUUUUUACUGUUCUCUUUGUGUCACUCCUCUUUUAUUUCCUUGAAUUUAUUUAUUUAUUUGUGAUGUGAAC